AUGUGCAUUGAUUACCGGCAAUUGAACAAGGUGACGAUAAAGAACAAGUAUCCACUGCCGAGGAUUGAUGAUUUGUUUGACCAGCUUCAGGGUGCAAAGGUGUUUUCAAAGAUAGACUUGAGAUCUGGCUACCACCAGCUGAGGAUUAGGGCGUCUGAUGUCCCUAAGACAGCAUUCCGCACUCGGUAUGGGCAUUAUGAGUUUUUGGUCAUGUCAUUUGGGUUGACCAAUGCCCCAGCAGCAUUUAUGGAGUUGAUGAACCGAGUGUUCAGACCGUACCUGGACCUGUUCGUGAUAGUCUUUAUUGAUGAUAUUCUGGUGUACUGCCACAGCCAGGAGGAGCACGAGCAGCACCUCAGAGUGGUUCUUCAGACUCUGAAGGAUAGUCAGUUAUAUGCUAAGUUCUCGAAGUGU